AUGAGCGUUCCUAUUGAAGACAAGGUGAAAAUUGCCUCCAAAUUCCUUCUAGCCAGUCCUCCCGGUGAAGUCAACGAUGUAUUUAACGAUGUACGUACGCUUGUCGACAAUGAUGAAGCACUCCAAGACGGCAUUCUUCAAGCAUUAGAACAAUACAACACAGAACAGCUUAUCACUGUUACGCUGCCCGAGUCAGAUUACGAGGUCAUCGUAUCAAACCAUGGCAAAGUGGACGAAGAACGAUUUAUAGAUCCACGGUCGAAGCAGUCGUUCAAGUUUGACCAUAUGCGUUUGGUUGCCUCAGAUUUGCAACCACAUGAGGGCCACGCGUCGGUCGAACCACUUCGUGAAGCGAUCGAAAAGGAAGCAUUGACAUACGUUCAAGACCAUUAUCCCGAGGGUGUAUGCACUGUAUAUGCGCCCACAGAGUACCAAGUAGCGAUUGCCAUUGUAGACAACAAAUAUAACCCGGGCAACUACUGGAACGGUCGAUGGCUUUCAACAUGGACACUUGAUACCCAAACUGGUGAGCUCAAAGGCGCUACCAAGAUUAAUGUGCAUUAUUACGAGGACGGAAACGUGCAGCUGAAUGCCGACAAGUAUCAUGAAGCCAAAGUCUCUAUCUCCGAGGUAAAGAACCCUUGUAGGUGCAGUUCUUUCUCAAUGUCUAUCUCACUAAUUGUCUUCUGUUAUAUUUGA